AUGGAUAGGUUUGUGUGGUUUGAUGCGUCCAUAGAGGCAAAACCAGUACUACAUUCUCAGAGUUGUGUCAGACUUUAUGAUGGCAAUCAGAAAAAGACAGCAUUUGACAAGGGUCAGGCCGUGAUAACGACCCACGACGUCGUGUGGACGGAUCACAGCAGACCUACAUAUGUUAUAGCGCUGCCACUAAGAUAUAUCAUUCAGAUUGAUAAAGAUUCAGGAUCACUCACUAAAAGUCCAAAGAUAGUUCUUCACUUGUCCCCUAAAGAUUCAUCAUCAUCUUCGUCAUCAUCUUCAUCCAAUGACGUCAUUAAAUCUGGACCAGUUGGAUCAAGUUUAUAUUCCUUUGUUAGGCUUUCAUUCACUGACGGAGGACAUGAGAAUUUUUAUGAAAGGCUCAAUGAGGCGGUGAUGAAGAAGAAGUGGUUACAGCAGCCACAGCUACAGCCGCCACAAGAAUCUUCAAUCGUUAAUAAAGCAUCUCGGAUGGGUAUAGGGGGGAUAGAGAGAAGUUUAGAGAUGAGGAGGCAGGAGAGGGAUACUACAAUCAGCACCGCCUUCGAAGACCUCAGCAAUCUCAUGGUCAAGGCCCAAGAAAUGGUAACAAUAUCAAAGAACCUCUCAAACAAAUUAAAAGAUAAACAAGACAACGUCACAGAUGACGAGACGCUUCAGUUCAAGCAGUAUCUAAUGAGCCUUGGCAUCCAAGAUCCCAUCACUAAAGAAACACAUGGCUCUGGGGAUUCAUAUUACAAAAGUCUAGCCAAGCAAACCUGCGAAUUUUUGGAGCCUAUCCUAAAGGAUUGUGGUGGCGUCAUGACCCUGACGGAGGCGUACUGCAGGGUCAAUAGGGCACGGGGCAUGGAGUUGUUAUCUCCGGAGGACUUGGAUCAGGCGUGUAUGCUAUUUGAUUGGCUGAAUCUAUCUAUAAAAAUGAAAGAGUUUGAAGAUGGAGUGAAGGUGGUCCAGUUGAGGUCAUGUGACGAGGCUGUACUCGCCCUGCAGACUGAACAAAUUGUGACCGAGAAUGGCUGUUUAACAGCAGAACAACUGGCGGACAUCAUCGGCCUCUCUGUGGUUCUCGCUAAGGAGAGAGCACAGACCGCAGAGAAGUUGGGCAAGUUGUGUAGGGACGAAUCAAUUGAGGGUGUCAAGUUCUACCCCAACCUAUUUGCUAGCAGAACUAAUUAA